AUGGAGAUGGGUUCCAACUCGGGUCCGGGUCUAGGUCCGGGUCAGGCAGAGUCGGGUGGUUCCUCCAAUGAGUCAUCCUCUUUCAGUGGAGGGCUCAUGUUUGGUCAGAAGAUCUACUUCGAGGACGCUGGAGGUGGAUCCGGGUCUUCUUCCUCCGGCGGGUCAAACAGAAAGAUCCGUGGAGGCGGGUCGGGUCAGUCCAGUCAGAUACCAAGGUGCCAAGUGGAAGGUUGUGGAAUGGAUCUAACCAAUGCAAAAGGUUACUACUCGAGGCACAGAGUUUGUGGAAUCCACUCUAAAACACCUAAAGUCAUUGUCGCUGGUAUCGAACAGAGGUUUUGUCAACAGUGCAGCAGGUUUCACCAGCUUCCGGAAUUUGACCUAGAGAAAAGGAGUUGCCGUAGGAGACUUGCUGGCCAUAAUGAGCGACGUAGGAAGCCACAACCUGCGUCACUCUCUGUCUUGUCUUCUCGUUACGGCAGGAUCGCACCUUCUCUCUUCGGAAACGCUGAUAGUGCAAUGAGUGGAAGCUUUCUUGGGAGCCAAGAGAUGGGAUGGUCAAGUGCAAGAACGUUGGAUACAAGAGUGAUGAGACGGCCGUCGUUGUCAACGCCGUCGUGGCAGAUCAAUCCGAUGAAUGUGUUUAGUCAUGGAUCAGUUGGUGGAGGAGGAGGAGGAGGAGGGACAAGCUUCUCAUCAUCUCCAGAGAUUAUGGACACUAAACUAGAGAGCUACAAGGGUUUGGGCGGCGACUCAAACUGUGCUCUCUCUCUUCUGUCAAAUCCACAUCAGCCACAAGACAACAACAACAACAACAGCAACAACACGUGGCGUACUUCAUCAGGUUUUGGUCCGAUGACGGUUACAAUGGCUCAGCCACCACCAGCACCUCAGUAUCUAAACCCGCCUUGGGUGUUCAAGGACGAUGAUAACAACAGCUGUCCGAAUGAUAUGUCUCCUGUUUUGAAUUUGGGUGGUCGGUUCACCGAGCAAGAUAACUGCCAGAUAAGCGGUGGUACGACGACGUUGGGUGAGUUCGAGUUAUCUGAUCACCAUCACCAGAGUAGGAGGCAGUACAUGGAAGCUGAGAACGCAAGGGCUUAUGAUUCUUCUUCUCACCAUACCAACUGCUCCUCCACUGAAUCUCUCCUGAUCCCGUUGCUCCGUCUCUCGCUUCUUCGAAUUCCAAAAGAACCGUUAGAAGAAUCCAUCAUGGAUCCAGCUGAAAUGAGGUACUUGGAAGAAGAGGAUGGUCCUCUGAUGAAGACAAUGAAAGGAAGUGUCACUGGUUUCGGCGCUGGGAUGAUUUACGGAACCAUUAUAGCGACAUGGAAAGACGUUCCGAGAGUUGAGAGAAAUGUGGCUCUCCCUGGACUCAUCAGAACACUCAAGGUGAUGGGAACACAUGGCCUCACUUUCGCUGCCAUUGGAGGCGUUUACAUCGGUGUUGAACAGCUGGUUCAGAGUUACAGAGGCAAGAGAGAUUUCUUCAAUGGCGCUAUUGGUGGUUUUGUCGCUGGCGCUUCUGUGCUUGGCUAUAGAGCAAGGAGCAUUCCUACGGCGAUAUCUGCAGGAGCAGCUCUGGCUGUAACCUCUGCGUUGAUUGACUCUGGAGGACAGACCACAAGAGUAGACAAUGGCAGAGAGUACUAUCCUUACACCGUCGAGAAAAGAGCUGGAGCUGGAGCUGAUUCCUGA